AUCUCUGGAAUGAAGCCCAUCACUUAUGAUUGCUGCAUCAAUUCCUGUGUGGCAUACAUAGGUGCCCUCACCAAACUCAGGUGUUGUCCACACUGCAGUGAACCAAGGUUCAAGACAAAUGGCAAGCCUGCACAGCCAUAUCAUUAUCUACCAAUCAUUCCUCAGCUUCAAGCUCAAUAUGCUAAUGUGGAAAGACAAAAUCCCCACUCACUCAAGAGGACAGACAUCUUCCAGGGAAGGACAUAUUGUGAACUGUGCAAAUGCUAUAUUUCUGUCAACAGGAAGACCUUGAAGAUGAAAUAUUUUGACACACCACAAGACAUAGCCUUAGGUUUGUCAACUGAUGGUUUUGCCCCUUUCAAAGGCCCAAGAACAACUGCAUGGCCAACAAUCUUGAUCAACUACAACCUGCCACUGCAAGACAGGACACACAUAAAGAGCUUGCUUUGA